CGGAGGGAGCAUUAUAAAAACAAACCACUGAUCACCACCGAACUUUCCCCGUUAACAUGAAGCCCCCAACCCCACCCAACAUGAAACCGACACACCGGCAGAGUUCUUCUUCUCCCAUCAUCAUCUUCUUCUUCCUUCUCUGCUUGCUGCUCAACCUUUCUUACAGAGCUGAAGCUCAAGAUCAGCCCACCUAUCUAUACCAUGUCUGCUCGAACGAGACCGUUUUCUCCCCCAACAGCACUUAUCAGAGAAACCUCAACGCCCUAUUAUCUAAUCUCUCCUCCAACUCCUCCAAUUACAUCAGCGGCUUCACCAGUGGCACGGCAGGGCAGGCCCCAACUGACCGGGUGUACGGGCUCUUCCUUUGCCGCGGAGAUCAAAGCCAGGCCUCGUGCCGAGACUGUGUUGGCUACGCGACCGGGGACGUUCUCCGGAGAUGCCCCAAGGAGAAAGUGUCCACUAUAUGGUAUGACCCGUGCAUGCUGACCUAUUCCAAUCAAUCGAUCCUGUCCACCAUGAGGGACAGUCCAGGGAUACGGAUGUACAACACUGCGAACAUAUCAGACCCAACCCGAUUCGACAGUUUGUUGGAUGAGACACUAAGCACCCUUCUCUCGAGGACUGCAAGCAGCCAAUUGGCAGGAAAGAAGUUUGCAGUGCAGAGAGCCAAUUUCACUGUGUUGCAGCCCCUGUACACGCUCGCCCAGUGCACGCCCGACUUGACCACAACAGACUGUACUACGUGCCUGCAAAUGGCAGCUGGAAAUCUUAAUCGAGGCGUACAAGGAGCUAGAUACCUUAGCCCAAGCUGCACUAUUCGGUAUGAGACUUAUGUGUUCUACAACGAAACUGCUGUAGCGCUGCUGUCGCCACCUCCUCCAGCACCAGCUCCCCUGCCUCCUCCAAGUUUUGUUCCAAGGCCUAAAGGUCGUAAUAUCUCAACAGCGGUAAUUAUUGCCAUUGUUGCUCCAAUUGGUGUCACGGUCAUGGUUUUCAUCAUAUUGUGCUGUUUGAUACGAAGGAGAGCAGCAAAGAGACAUGAAGUUGCACAAGAUGCAAGCGUUGGAAAUGAUAUCACGAAUGCUGAGUCCCUACAGUUUGAUUUCGCCGCAAUACAAGCAGCAACAGAGGAUUUCUCCGCCAAUAACAAAUUAGGUGAAGGAGGGUUUGGCGAAGUUUUCAAGGGCGUGCUUCGGACUGGACAGCUUGUAGCCGUAAAAAGAUUGUCUAGGAGUUCCGGGCAAGGUGCUGAAGAAUUUAAGAAUGAAGUCCUGGUGGUGGCGAAGCUUCAGCACAGGAAUCUCGUGCGGCUGCUCGGGUUUUGCCUUGAAGGAGAAGAGAAAAUCCUUAUCUAUGAAUAUGUGCACAACAAGAGCCUCGACAACCUCUUAUUUGACUCGGAGAAACGGGUGCUCUUGGAUUGGUCAAGGAGAUACAAGAUCAUAUCAGGGAUAGCAAGAGGCAUGUUGUAUCUUCAUGAAGAAUCCCAACUCAGGAUAAUUCACCGCGAUCUCAAAACUAGCAAUGUGUUGCUUGACGCAGACAUGAACCCAAAGAUUGCAGAUUUUGGAAUGGCGAGGAUUUUCGGGGUCGAUCAGACACAAGGAACCACAAACAAAGUUGUCGGAACAUAUGGUUACAUGUCCCCAGAGUAUGCAAUGCAUGGGCAGUUCUCGGUGAAAUCUGAUGUCUACAGCUUCGGGGUCUUGGUUCUAGAGAUCAUAUCGGGUGAAAAAAAUAGUUCCUUCUAUCAAUCUGGCGCUGCCGAGGACCUUCCUAGCCAUGCUUGGAAGCACUGGAGGGAUGGGACACCUAUGGAAGUGUUGGAUCCAAUUUUGAGGGACUCAUGCUCGAGGAACGAAGUCAUUAGAUGCAUCCACAUGAGCUUACUUUGCCUUCAGGAAGACCCAGCAGAUCGCCCCACAAUGGCCACGAUGGCUCUCAUGCUUAACAGCUACUCUGUUACCUUACCGGUCCCUCAACAACCUGCAUUUUUCUUCCGUAGCAGGACGGGUCAGCUGUACUCGGAGUCAGGGGAGUCGGGAUUCGGUAAAUCCACAAGCGAGUCAAUGCCGGUGUCUGUGAAUGAAGUGUCAAUUACUGAAGUUGAACCUCGGUAGAAGGAAGAUUCUAAUGAACAAUGGGUGAGUUGUACCUAUUAUAAGUUCACUAGAUGGACAAGCAAAAGAUUUUACCGAGAUCACACGCUCAGAUGUCGGUAAUAGCUUGAAUACUGAACUGUGAGGCGGAGUCCGGAGACCGUUCUGCAUUAUAUUAUGCUCGUAGGAAUGGUCUCCAGAUCCAGAUCUCUUUAAUUCUUUAUUAGUAGCGUUGUGUAUGAGUGAUGUGGUAGAAGAUGCGGCAAGUCGAUACCUAGAGAAAAAUAGGUUUUGACUAUCUAUGUCAAGGGAAACGGCUUUCGGAGUAAAACUUACUGCUUUGCUGUGAUUUUUCGAUUUUAAGGCAAAUUUUAUCGUUUAAAGCCUCAAACCGGCAAUUUAUGUUAUUUAGGGCGUUUUUAUAAUUUUAGGAAAAUUUAUGUUUUUCGUGCAAUUUAAGCUUUUUAAGACCUAUUUAAUCUUUGUACAAUUCUAGGGUUGAGGACAGUGAAUUUCAAAUUUAUCAAUAAAGUUGUGAAGUUACAAUGCUCUUUCUCCUAA